AUGCAGUCAGUAUACAAAUUAGUCUCUACUGUAAACCAAUUUUACAGAGAAAUUAAUCCGUCAACACUUUCUGGUGCAAUUGAUGUAAUCGUUGUUAAAAAACCUAAUGGUGAAUUAGCAUGUUCACCUUUUCACGUUCGAUUCGGGAAAUUAAUGGUUCUAAGACCUCAAGAAAAAAAGGUCGAAAUUGUCGUCAAUGGUAAAGUCGUUGAUUUCCCAAUGAAAAUUGGGGAAGCUGGUGAAGCUUUUUUCGUGUUCGAAACUGAAAAUCACGUCCCAGAAGAACUGCGAACCUCUCCAUUAGCAGGUCCCAGUCAGCCUUUACCAACUGAAGAGGAACCCGAUUUCUUAGAUUUAAAUACAGAUAGCUCUAAAGAAAGUGUUUCUAAAAAUAAGGUUGAGCAAAAUAAUGCAAUUGGCUCAGAAGAUGAUUAUGAGGGAGACGCUGAACCAAAAGUGUUUGUUGCUGAGCCUGAGCAUAUGAGUAGGAUGAAAGUUGAUACACCUUCGGAAAUUAUAACUCCAGCUAGUCCAACGUCUGAAGAAGGCACUAUAACGGAUGAGGUUACAACUCCGACUACAAUACCAGAUGAAUAUGAUGAUGAAUCAAAUAAGGCAAUUUUGAAUGCUGAUAUUAUUCAUGAGGUGAAUGAAAGACUUGCAGUUAACAAUCAGGAUAUAAAAUUGGAAUCAAACACGUCAAAUCUAGUAUUUUCGAUUAAUGAUGAUGAACGAGAUUCAUUGGCAAAGCUACAUCUUGAAACCGAAAUAGUAUUAAAAGAUGGUGAAGAUGCAAACCAGCCGAAUAGAGAAAAUAAUAAUAAGCUUAAUUUAAACGAUAUUGUUUCUGUAUCAGAUUUGAAAAAGGAUGAAUCUGAUCUAGAAGUUCAAUUUAAUGAUGUGAUGGCAACGCAAAAAAAAAACGGAGAAUUAGAAACCGAAAUAUCGAGGCAGAAUCGAGAGAGAGCUUUAUCGAUGCCACCUGUUCAUCCAAAUUGGGAAAAAUCUGAAGGACCAUUUUCCGAUACAGAAUUGGAGGAAACACGAAAACCGGAAAAACCUUUGGAAAGGCGAACAAGUAGAACUAGUCCUUUGAGUGAUACAGAAUUGGAAUAUGAUCCCAAAAAGCCUACGAAAGAUUCGGGAGAAUGGUCAUGGAGAUGGGGGGCAUUGCCUGUAAGAAAAUCUGAGAAAAUUGAACACUGGCAAGAUGGCGUUGACGAUAAAGAUUGGGGAAAUGAUAAUACAGCCGAAAAAGAAUCAGGCAUAGAAAUUGGAGGAAACUUUCAUCAUUUUGAAAUAUCAUUAUGCGGAAGCGAAGAUUUUGGAAGAGACGAGGAAAUUGACGCUGAAAUGUUUCGCAAGAAUCAAAUUACAUACGAAUUUUUCUCUAAAAGUCCACGAAUUUUGAAUGAUAAAUCUUUAGUUGUUAAAUAUAACAGCAGAUAUUAUUCGUGGCAAUCUGCUGCACCAAUAAUAGCUUCUUUACUUGUAUUUCAAAAGCCUCUUCCAGAUUCGACAGUGACUGAUUUAUAUAAUAAUAAGUGUAGAUCGUCUGAUCAGCGCAGAUAUAGUUUAAGAGGAUGGAGUCGAUGGUGGAGUCGUUCAUCAAGUCCACUUCCAAUAGAAGCACCAGUAAAAGUUGACGACAAGCCAAAAAAUGACGUCGAAAAGGAAGAAGAAAAACCAACAAAGUUUUAUGCAAAAACACUCCGUCUUACUUCUGAACAAUUAAAAAGUCUUAAUUUAAAGAAAGGAGCAAACACAAUAUCUUUCUCCGUCGCAUCCUAUCAAAAAAAAGCCACAUGUAUUGCGAAGCUAUUCUUCUGGGACUAUGAUACACAGAUCGUAAUUUCUGAUAUAGAUGGAACUAUUACAAAGUCAGAUGCUCUUGGUCAUGUGUUUACAAUGAUUGGCAGAGACUGGACACAUUCAGGUGUUGCCAAAUUAUAUACUGAUAUUACAAGGAAUGGAUAUCAAAUUUUAUAUUUGACAAGUAGAGCUAUCGGACAGGCUGAUUAUACAAGAGAUUAUUUAAAGAAAGUGGAACAAGACAAAUAUCAAUUACCCGAUGGGCCUGUUAUUAUGUCACCUGAUCGUUUAUUGACCGCUUUUCACAGGGAGGUAAUUAUGCGCAAACCCGAAGUUUUCAAAAUGGCAUGCUUGCGAGACGUGCAAAAAUUAUUUGGAGAUAGAAAUCCAUUUUUUGCAGGUUUUGGAAAUAGAAUAACGGAUGCUUUAUCCUAUCGAAGCGUUAAUGUACCACCAUCAAGAAUCUUCACAAUUGAUUCAAAUGGUGAAGUAAUAUUGGAGUUAUUGUCAGGAUAUAGAUCAUCAUAUGUAGAUUUAAGUGAUUUAGUGGAUCAAAUGUUUCCUCAUAUUGGUGGUCGUAAAUGGGAUACAGUUUAUAAUGAUUGGAAUUAUUGGAAACCGCCUUUACCAGACAUUGAAAUACCUCUAGAAAUAUAUGAGAAUCAGUCAACAACACCAUCGUCUCCAAGGAGUUCAGCUGUUACGAUUGGAUCUCCACGUUUAGGGAUGAUUCGAAAUUUAACCGGUAGUAUAACGGGCAGUAACAGCAAUAAUCCUACAAUAUCAGCACAUGGUGUAUUAGAAUCACCGGGAAAUCAUUUAUUAAAUAAAACAAAUGGAAACGAUUCUGUAAUAACUAAUCAAAGGAUUGUUUAUGUUGGAGGUGAUGUUGAUAUGCCAGGAAGAAUGGAUAUAUAUUCAGAUGAAAACGCAAGUAUGGUGGGAUACGACGAUGAAAUAGAUGAUGGAGAUGAUGAAGGCGAAUACGAAAACGACGACGAGGAUGAUGACGAGGGUGAGGAUGAUGAUGAAAUUGAUUAUAUACCGACUGAUAUUGAUUUAAGCAGCAUACCGUAUUAG